UGUCCUCCACAAUUCCUCUUCUCAUCAUCAUCUCUUUCGUUUCUUUUCUUCAAACCUCAUUCCCUUUUCUUCUUUUUAAUUCCCUUCCCAAAAAUGGAUCCCAACAAAUUAAACCUAAAUAAUUUGGAACAACAACAAUCUACUCUAGAGAUCCAAACAAAGGAAUUUGACUACUCAAAACGCGCACAAUGGCUACGCGCUGCAGUACUCGGCGCCAACGACGGCCUUGUCUCGACCGCGUCGCUCAUGAUGGGAGUUGGAGCUGUCAAACAAGACAUCAAGGCCAUGAUCCUCACCGGUUUCGCCGGUCUAGUAGCUGGCGCCUGUAGUAUGGCGAUUGGUGAAUUUGUGUCUGUUUACUCUCAGCUAGACAUUGAAAUGGCUCAAAUAAAAAGAGAGAAAUUACAAAGAUCAAAUAAUAUGGAAGGAGGUGUAGUACAAGGGCAAGAGAGCAAAGAUAAAGAAAAGCUACCAAAUCCACUCCAAGCAGCUGCAGCCUCAGCCUUGGCCUUCUCUCUUGGAGCAAUGGUCCCAUUGUUGGCUGCUUCCUUUAUAAGAGAGUACAAAGUAAGACUCGCAGUGGUGGUGGCAUCGGUGACUUUAGCUCUCGCCGUGUUCGGGUGGUUGGGUGCCGUUCUUGGAAAAGCAUCACCAAUCAAAUCAGCCGCUAGAGUGUUGGUCGGUGGUUGGUUAGCUAUGGCUAUAACCUUUGGCUUAACAAAGCUAAUCGGAGCGAGUGGACUCUAGCGGUCAGGCUAGAACAACGUUCGUAACUGACGGUUUCAUAUUAUAGAUAAAAGAAAGGUGACUUCAUUGAAAUAAUUUUUUUUUAUGUAUUUGUUGUGUUUAAAUUCAUCCAAAAACAAACAGAGGGAAAGAAAUUCUAAGAGAUUUUAGUUUGUUUUGUAAAGAAAAAAGAAAAAGAAGGUGGGAUGGCGUGUAGAAUCUCAUAAGUUUGUUUAAAUUAGAAAGAAAAGCAAUAACGCAAAAUUAAUCAAAAACAAAAAUGUUUUGUUUGAUGAA